AUGGCACUCACCGUGAUCAUCGUCGGCGCCGGCAUCGCGGGGCUCUCAGCAGCAGUCUCGCUGCGCCGCGCCGGCCACCGGGUGCACGUCUACGAGCGGUCGGGGCUGGACAACGAGGUGGGCGCGGCCAUCAACGUGCCGCCGAACACCGCGCGCGUGCUGCUCGCCUGGGGCCUCGACCCCGUGGCCGCCCGCUUCGUCCAGGCCCAGGGCAUUCUGGCCGCCGCCGGCGCGACCCUCGCCCAGCUCGACCUGACGCCGCUCGGCGGCUGGGUCGCCGCCGUAUACGACGCCCCCCUGUUCUUUGCCCACCGCGUUGACCUCCACGAGGCGCUCAAGGCGCUUGCUACGGGCCGUGACGGGCCGGGCGAGCCUGCUGUUGCGCAUCUCGAGAGCCACGUCGUCGCCUAUAACCCGGAAGCACCCUCUAUCACGCUCGCCAGCGGCACGGCGGUCGCGGGCGACGUGGUAGUGGCCGCCGACGGGAUCCACUCGAUCGGCGCCGAGGUCGUGCUGGGCCGGCCGAACCCGGCCCAGCCCCCGGCGCUGUACAGCGGCUGCUUCCGAUUUCUGAUCGCUUCGGCCGCGCUCGGCGCCGACGCCGACACGCGGUGGUGGAAUGAUGGCGGCUGCAGGAACGGCCGCAUGAGCAUCUACACGAACGGCGCCAAGGGCAACCGGCUUGUGUCGUAUCCGUGUCGGGACCACGAGGUGUGGAACUUUGUCGGCAUCUUCCACGACGACGAGCUCGCGUCGGCGACAGACUGGCACGCCCCCGUUGACAAGUCCCACCUGCUCGCCGCUUUCCCCGACUUCCACCCGUCUCUCCCCGCCGUGUUAAAUAAAGUAACCGACGUAAAACGGUGGCCGCUGCUAUACCGCGCCCCCGUAGCCAGCUGGACGCGGGGGAAGAUGGUCAUGAUGAUUAGAGAUGUGGCGCACCCAAAGCUGCCCCGUGGCAUGACCACAGACCAAGGCCAGGGCGGCGCGCAGGGCAUCGAGGACGGCAUCGCGCUGGGCGGCGCCACGCCCGGCGGCCUGCAGCAGCGGCUCGGCGUCUUCGAAGCGGCCAGGCUGCACCGCGCCAGUGCCAUCCAGGUCAUGAGCAGCGCGGGCGGCGAGCAGGUCGGCCUGAUCCACGGCGAGGUGGCCAAGUACGUCGACGACGUGCCGAAGACGCCGCUGGAGUUCGCGCGGUUCAACUGGGGCCACAACCUCGUUCGCCGCACGGUCGAGCUGGUCCGGGAGGUGGAUCCGGGGUUUCAGCUGCCUGUUGGCUUUUUCCAGACGAGCCCCCACUUGCCGGAGCCUGGCAACUUGGCAGGGGUAGCCAUCUCUAGGUUAGUGGCCAUCUCUAGGUUGGUGGCCAUCUCUAGGUAG